AUGGCCGAUUCCGAAGAACAUUCCCCCGAGGCGGUACGGCAACCGGAAACACAUGCUGAGCCGGAUAUCACGACUGCCGAUGAAAUAGCAGUGGAAGAAGAGUCCCAUCUACCACGAGAGGAUACAGUCGAAGACGAAGCUGAACAGUCCGAGGGGGAACAGCAGCCUGACCCGGAAGACAGGGACGAGGUGGAUGACAAUGCCACCGAGACAGAUACCCGCGAGGGCGCUGAUGUUGAUGGUGGAGAUGACAAUGCCACGCUAAAGGGCUCAGAUCAGGCUCCUUCGGUCGUUAUAGAACAAUCGAGGUCGCGGUCUGACUCCCGGUCAACUGUUGCAACGCAGUCUGGCCAGCAUCGUUCCACCCCUCUCAGCUCAGCUGUGUUCGUGGUCACGGCUCUAGACGCAAUUGCUGCUUCGAAGGAAGCCCGGAAGAGCAAGGAGCUGGAUGACGCAGUCAAACAGGCCCAGGCCAACAUCAAGCAGUCCGAUCAGUACCCGAUCGACCCCGAAUCGAUUUUCCUACCCUUGCAAUUGGCGAGCAAGACCGACAGCAUCCCGCUACAAGUCACCGCCCUGGACUGUAUUGGAAAGCUGAUAACCUAUUCUUACUUUGCCUUUCCCUCCGUUCCGGACGGAAGCGAGUCCGCUGACCAACCUCCGCUGAUAGAACGCGCAAUCGAGACAAUAUGUGACUGCUUCGAGAAUGAACAUACCGCUAUAGAGAUCCAGCAACAGAUUAUUAAAUCUCUCUUGGCAGCUGUACUUAAUGAUAAAAUUGUUGUUCAUGGUGCUGGCUUGCUGAAGGCCGUUCGACAGAUUUACAAUAUCUUCAUCUACUCCAAGUCUGCCCAGAACCAGCAGAUAGCACAGGGCUCAUUAACCCAGAUGAUUGGCACUGUCUACGACCGUGUACGCACGAGACUCGAUCUCAAGGAGGUCCGUAUACAGGAGACCGAGACUCGGGAAAAUCGCAAUGGCUCUGCUGUCGACUCACCUCCUACCCCAGUGGAGGACGGUGCUGUUACAGACGUAGAAGGACAGUCUGAUAUUGGUUUUGAGACCAACAAGGACGACACUAUGGUCAACGAUAGUGCGCCUACCAUGGUUACAAGAGCGAAGGCUACAAGAAAGACAUCAAAAUCUGGUGAAGAACUUGAUCUAGCUGCCGAUGAAGAGGAUGAAAUAUAUAUCAAGGAUGCCUUUUUGGUCUUCAGGGCUCUGUGCAAACUAAGCCAUAAGGUACUCACCCACGAGCAACAGCAAGACCUCAAGGCACAGAAUAUGAGGUCGAAAUUACUCUCUCUACAUUUAAUGCAACACCUCCUAAAUAACCAUAUUGCUGUUUUCACAUCACCUAUCGCAACUAUCAGGCACGGCUCAAACUCAGAUGAAAGUAUGACGCUAUUACAGGCCAUCAAGCCCCAUCUUUGUCUCAGUUUGAGCAGGAAUGGUGCCAGCUCUGUUCCCCGUGUGUUUGAUGUCUGCUGUGAAAUCUUCUGGCUUAUGUUGAAGCAUAUGAGGGUGAUGUUGAAGAAAGAACUGGAAGUCUUCCUUAAGGAGAUAUACCUGGCCAUUCUUGAAAAGCGUAGUUCCCCUAUAUUCCAGAAACAGAGCUUCAUGCAUAUCUUAGAACGUCUCUCUGGCGACCCACGAGCACUUGUCGAGAUAUAUCUAAAUUAUGACUGUGACCGUACUGCGUUGGAGAAUUUAUUCCAAGGAAUCAUUGAACAGCUUUCUCGAAUGUCAAGUAUGCCUGUUGCAGUUACUGCAUCCCAACAACAGCAGUAUGAGCAGCAGCAUUCCAAAACUCCUUCUACCCCUAAUGACUGGCAUAACCGCGGCACUCUUCCCCCUUCUCUGACCACUGCUAAGAUUGACCAACCUACUCCACUUACCAACAACCAGAAUUUUCCCCCUGAGUAUGGCAUGAAACAAAACGCCCUAGAAUGCCUUGUGGAGAUACUCCGCUCCCUUGACAUAUGGUCUUCUCAGGACAGCGAGCCCAAAUCCUUAGGCCGAGGACUAGUGUCGCGUAGCUCAAUUGAUGUUUCCCGAGACUCCAUAGAUACUAGCCAGGGAGGCCCUAACAUUUCAUCACCCCGCAUCGACAAUGCGGAUUCAGAUACAGGCGCAUCCUCACCGGUGCCCGAAGAUGAUCCCAAUGAAAUUGAAAAAGUUAAGCAACGGAAGAUUGCAUUAACAAACGCAAUUCGGACAUUCAAUUUCAAACCAAAGCGUGGAAUGAAGAUCUUGCUAUCUGAAGGGUUCAUUCCAUCGAACUCUCCCACUGAUAUUGCAAACUUUAUCUUCAGAAAUGAUAGGCUGGACAAGGCAACUCUAGGAGAAUAUCUUGGAGAAGGCGAUGCAGAGAAUAUCGCUGUCAUGCAUGCGUUUGUCGACUGCAUGGAUUUCACCAAACGCCGAUUCCCGGACGCGCUUCGAGAUUUCCUGCAAAGCUUCAGAUUACCUGGAGAAUCGCAGAAGAUCGAUCGAUUUAUGCUCAAAUUCGCACAGCGAUAUGUGACCCAAAACCCCAACGCGUUCGCCUCAGCAGACGCAGCUUAUGUUCUCGCUUAUUCGGUAAUCCUGCUCAAUACAGAUUUGCAUAGCACAAAGAUGAAGGGCCGCCGUAUGACCAAGGAUGACUUCAUUAAGAAUAACAAAGGAAUUAACGACAAUGCUGAUCUGCCAGUUGAAUAUCUCAGCGGCAUCUAUGACGAAAUUCUGAAUAAUGAGAUUGUUUUACGCACUGAGCGUGAGACUGCUGCGAACCUGGGCCACUUGCCAGUUCCCCAGCCAGGACUAGCUUCGAGAGCCGGUCAGGCACUGGCUACUGUUGGUAGGGAUAUUCAGGGUGAAAAAUACGCACAGGCAUCUGAGGAAAUUUCCAGCAAGACAGAACAGUUGUAUCGAAGUUUAAUUCGAGCACAACGGAAAUCAGCCAUGAAGGAAGCAUUGUCUCGUUUUAUCCCCGCUACAUCGGUACGACACGUCGGGUCCAUGUUCAACGUGACCUGGAUGUCCUUCCUUUCUGGCCUUUCAGCGCAAGUGCAAGAUACUCAAAACCGGGAAACUAUUCGUCUAUGUAUGGAUGGAAUCAGACUAGCUAUCCGUAUCUCGUGUAUGUUUGACCUCGAGACUCCAAGGGUCGCUUUCGUUACUGCGCUUGCCAAGUUCACCAACUUGGGCAACUUGCGCGAGAUGGCUGCGAAAAAUGUGGAGGCUCUUAAGGUUCUUCUAGACGUUGCUAUCACCGAGGGUGAUCAUUUGCAGAGCUCUUGGAGAGAGAUUCUCACUUGCAUCAGUCAACUUGACCGAUUCCAGCUGCUUACGGACGGUGUGGAUGAAGGCUCGUUGCCCGAUGUUUCACGGGUAUCGCCGUCUACAGACUCACGCUCUCAAAAGUCCCUUCAAGUUCCAAAGAAACCCCGGCCUCGCUCUGGUAAUGGACCAGCAUCCUUCCGACGAGACGUUGCGAUUGAGAGCCGCUCAGCCGAAAUGGUCAGAGGCGUAGACAUGAUUUUCACCAAUACCGCCAACCUCAAGCAAGAAGCCCUUGUCGAUUUCGUCCGCGCACUUAACGCUGUAAGUUGGCAGGAGAUCCAGUCCUCUGGCCAAAGUGAAUCCCCACGAACCUACAGUCUUCAGAAGCUAGUAGAGAUCAGUUACUACAACAUGACUCGAGUUCGAAUCGAGUGGAGCAAAAUCUGGGAGGUUCUAGGUGAACAUUUUAACCAUGUUGGUUGCAAUGCUAACACGGCUGUUGUGUUCUUUGCGCUGGAUUCUCUACGGCAACUUUCAAUGCGGUUCAUGGAAAUCGAGGAGCUCCCUGGCUUUAAAUUCCAAAAGGACUUUUUGAAACCGUUCGAACAUGUUAUGGCAAACAGUACUGCCGUAAACGUCAAGGAUAUGGUGCUACGGUGUUUAAUUCAAAUGAUCCAAGCCCGUGGGGAUAAUAUCCGCUCAGGCUGGAAGACCAUGUUUAGAGUAUUCUCGGUUGCAGCUUCAGAGCCAUACGAGGGCAUUGUAAACAUGGCAUUCGAGCAUGUGACUCAAAUUUACAAGACUCGCUUUAGCGUCGUUGUUUCGCAGGGAGCUUUUGCUGAUUUGGUCGUCUGCCUCACUGAGUUUUCUAAGAAUCUCAAGUUCCAAAAGAAAUCCCUUCAGGCAAUCGAGACACUCAAGUCUACAAUCCCUAAGAUGUUAAAAACGCCGGAAUGUCCCCUCUCCCACCGCCGUACGGACUCGGGUUCCUCACAGAGUGAGGUUAUUGCUCAGGCGGCUGGCCAGUCUCCUGAGGAACAAUUCUGGUAUCCGUUAUUAAUUGCCUUCCAGGAUGUCCUUAUGACAGGGGAUGACUUGGAAGUUCGAUCAAGGGCUCUCACAUAUCUAUUCGAAACACUUAUCAGAUAUGGCGGCGACUUCCCGCCGGCUUUCUGGGAUGUACUUUGGCGUCAACUACUCUACCCUAUUUUCGUCGUACUACAGUCCAAGUCUGAGAUGUCCAAGGUUCCAAACCAUGAGGAACUCUCGGUCUGGCUGUCUACCACCAUGAUCCAAGCUUUGCGAAACAUGAUUACCCUCUUCACGCAUUAUUUUGACUCCUUGGAGUACAUGCUGGAUAGGUUUUUGGGCCUCCUGACCUUGUGUAUAUGCCAGGAAAAUGAUACGAUCGCCAGGAUUGGAAGUAAUUGUCUCCAGCAACUAAUACUGCAAAACGUCAACAAAUUUACUCCAGAACAUUGGGAAAAAAUUGUCGGGGCUUUUGUGGAGCUCUUCGAAAGAACCACUGCUUAUGAGCUUUUCACUGCAGCGAACACUGCCCCAGGCAUGCCUCCUGAGCGAAGGAACAUAGAAGAAGCUACUUCUCAGGCCGAUCCCGGUUCACCUUCGGCUAAACCCGAUCGGGAUCAAGAAUCAACCCGACCGAGUGAAGACGGAGACGAAGCUCACCAAGCGCAACUCCCAGCCGCCUCCUCCGAGCUCGAGGACUACCGCCCUCAACCUGACUUGCAGCAACCUCCAACUGUCGUUACUGCUGCCCGAAGACGAUUCUUCAACCGCAUCAUCAUUAACUGUGUCCUUCAGAUCUUGAUGAUUGAGACUGUGAACGAACUCUUUUCCAAUGAUGCUGUUUACUCACAGAUUCCCAGCAAGGAGCUACUACGGCUGAUGGCGCUGUUAAAGAAGAGUUAUCAAUUCGCCAAGAAAUUCAACGGGGCAAAGGACUUGAGGCUCAAGCUGUGGAAACAAGGUUUCAUGAAGCAACCGCCAAACCUUCUUAACCAAGAAAGUGGCAGUGCAGCUACGUACAUCAACAUUCUCUUCCGUAUGUACCAUGAUGAACGCGAAGAGAGGAAGAACAGCCGUUCCCAGACAGAGGACGCCCUAAUACCUCUAUGUGCGGACAUUAUAAGACGAUAUGUUCAGCUAGAUGAAGAGUCCCAACAACGAAAUAUCACUGCCUGGCGUCCCGUCGUAGUUGAUAUCGUUGAAGGAUAUACUGGCUUCCCCCUGGAAACCUUCGAAAAGUACAUAGAAACGUUCUAUCCUAUCACGGUUGAUUUGCUUUCCCGCGACCUUAACGUUGAGAUUCGACUUGCUAUUCAAGCCCUGCUCCGCAGAGUCGGGGAGUGUCGGCUUGGUAUCACCCCGCAAACCCCUAUAGGCUCACCUACCAGCCCUCGAAGCUCUACUUCAUAUAGCCAUUUCAACGGCCGAAGACAGAGUGUGGGGCGAUAA